UUGUUGGAUUCUUCAAUCAUCGGCACUUCCAAAUAAAUAAAUACAGAACACCUUCAGCUCAGAGAAUUCCUGUUUUCCUUCUACUUUUCUUGUUUAGGCCGAGAUUUGCCAUUAUCGGAUGUGCUGUCGUUUGCUUAUGAACUCCUCUAGAAGCUGCCCAAAGAGGUCUAUGGCUGCCUCAUUGAGUGCAUCAUUCAUUCCUAAGGAGCCAAGAGCGGCUCCCCAUUUCAUACCCGGGUACUAAAAACAUCACUCCUUUCUGUUCUGUCUUUCCAAAUUUGCAAUGUACCAGAGAAACCAUACUUGAGCAAUUCCCAGAGUUUAUGAGGAAUUGCCAUUGGGUUUUAAACUCGGGUUCUCGAAGGGAAGGAGAAGGGGAUUGAUAUUCUGGGCCAGAACCAUCAGAGGUUAGAGAUUUCUCUCGGACAUGGAUUCCCAGAAGAAGAUUGCCAAAAAGGUGACAGGGAAACGGGACGAUACGCGGCUUCAUUCAGCUGCAAGAGCAGGGAAUGUUGAGGCUACAAGAACGAUAAUUGCAGGCUGUGAAGGGAGCGCGGGGCUUAAGGAGUUGCUUAGCAAGCAGAACCAAGCGUGUGAGACGGCCCUCUAUGUUGCGGCGGAGUACGGGCAUGUUGGGCUGGUGAGGGAGAUUAUCAAGUACUAUGAUCUCGCAGAUGCUGGGAUUAAGGCAAGGAAUGGGUUUGAUGCGUUCCACAUUGCUGCCAAACAAGGAGACCUGGAUGUAUUGAAAGCACUCCUCGAAGCACACCCGGAAUUGGCCAUGACCGUGGAUGUAUCGAACAUGACUGCGCUGCACACAGCGGCAACUCAGGGGCACAUCGUGGUUGUGAACUUACUACUGGAGGCAGGAACUGGGCUCGCUGCGAUAGCUAAGAGCAACGGGAAAACAGCUCUGCAUUCCGCUGCAAGGAACGGCCACUUGGAAGUUGUAAGGGCACUUCUCAGAGCAGAGCCUGGGAUUGCUGCUCGGAUCGAUAAGAAGGGUCAGACAGCUCUUCACAUGGCCGCAAAGGGCCAGAACAGCGAGGUGGUGCACGAGCUGAUAAUAGCGGAUCGUUCCUCAAUAAAUAUGGUGGACACGAAGGGGAACUCCGCGUUGCAUAUUGCAUCCCGAAAGGGCAGAGCUGAGAUUGUGAAGAUGCUACUGGGAUACAGCGAAACAGAUAGAAAAGCCGUCAACCGGACAGGCGAGACCUCCCUGGACACUGCUGAGAAAAUGGGCAACCCCAGAGUCGCUGCUAUUCUCCAAGAACACGGCGUCAAAAGCGCACGAACUCUCAGUCCCCAAGCUCCCACAACCACUGCACGGGAACUAAAACAGACUGUCAGUGAUAUCAAGCAUGAAGUACACUACCAGCUCGAGCAUACCCGCCUGACUCGGAAGCAAUUCCACGGGAUCGCCAAACAACUCAACAAGAUGCAUGCUGCGGGCCUCAACAAUGCGAUCAACUCUGCAACCGUCGCGGGGGUCCUGAUAGCCACUGUGGCAUUCGCGGCAAUAUUCACAGUCCCGGGCCAGUAUGCAGAUGACCCCAAUAAUGUCCCCAAGGGACUCUCUCUUGGGGAAGCAAAUAUCGCUCCAAAUCCUGCGUUCAUGAUCUUCUUCAUAGUCGACUCGAUCGCCCUGUUCGUGUCCCUGGCAGUGGUGGUGGUGCAGACCUCGGUGGUUGUGAUAGAGAGCAGGGCAAAGAAGCAGAUGGUGGCGAUCAUCAACAAGUUGAUGUGGCUUGCCUGUGUGCACAUCUCCGUUGCAUUCAUCGCACUCUCUUUUGUGGUCGUGGGCCACGAGAGGUGGCUUGCUAUCGGGGUCAUGAUCAUUGGAACGACCAUAAUGGUUGCUACCUUAGGUACCUUGAUUUAUUGGGUGAUACGGCAUAGGAUCGAGGCCUCUAACGUGAGGAAUAUCAGAAAAGCGUCCAUGAGCAGCAGGUCGAAGUCGUGGUCUGCCUCUAUGAUGUCAGACUCAGGGAUUUUGAACAGUGAUUACAAAAAAAUGUAUGCUAUAUAAAGUCCAUCCAGUACACCCUCAGCAAGUCUCUUCUAGACGUGUGAUCGGAUGAACAUUCUCAUUACCUCAAGCUGUCCAUAUCUUGAUCAAGUUUUAGAUACGAAAUUUGUUCGCUUUAUGAAUCUUUGUUGGAUCAUGUUAGAGGAUUGCCCUUACAUUAUAAGGAAUCUAAUUCUUACUAAGCAAUGGUUUUGCAUCGUCCUGGGGAUUUCCAUAUGCCAAACGUUUUCCAAAUUCAAUAGUAUAAAGUUCGACAGAGUUCGGCCUUA